AUGCCCCCGAGGUUAACCCCGUUGCAUGUAGCAACAUGCUGUAGCCGUGUGCUGCGCCCCUCGACGAACCCCACGAGCCUUAUCUCCCUCUUCGCCGGCCUGUCCAUCGGCACCCGCAACGCCUCCAUCCUCGCCAACCUGAGGGACAACCGGGCAGCUUACAACAAGCGCAUUCGAGUCGGUCGAGGUCCCUCCGCCGGCAAGGGCAAGACGUCUGGUAGAGGUCACAAGGGUCAGAAGCAGCAUGGCCACGUCAAACCUUGGUUCCAGGGUGGUCAGACACAUUUGAUUGUGCAGAAGGGAAGAAAGGGUUUCGACAACUUGCGCGCGCCCAUCAUGUCCAAAGUCAAUCUCGACAAGCUCCAGGAGUGGAUCGACGCCGGCCGCCUGGAUCCCACCAAGCAGAUCACCGUGAAGGAGAUUAUUGAGUCGGGUCUUAUUGGCAGCGUCAAGGACGGAAUCAAGCUGCUCGCCCGCGGCAAGGAGGAGCUCCGCCAGCCCCUUGAUAUCAUGGUCUCCCGCGCCUCCGCCUCGGCCAUCGAGGCUGUCGAGAACGCUGGCGGCAAGAUCCUCACGAGGUUCUACACCAGACAGUCCAUCAAGCGCCUCUUGGCCGGACAGAGUGAGAACACCGACAAACCGCUGCCCCUCGGCAAGGAGCACGUCGAGGCCUACCUCGAGACGGCCCGCAGCAAACCUUUCCUCUACAGACUUCCCGAUCCCACGAGCCGUUCCGAUAUCGAGUACUACCGCGACCCCGCCCACCGCGGAUACCUGAGCCACUUGCUGAAGCAGGGCGAGUCGCCCAGUUUGUACUUCAAGGUCCCCGUGCCAAAGAAGCGUACAGGAAAGGUCAAGGUGCAGAAGAAGGAGGAGAAGGUGGUUUCCAAGGAGAACCUCCUUUUCUAA